AUGGAACUUGUUUAUCCUUUGUUGUGUCAAACUAUAGCUAAUGGUGAAUUGGCUUCCCUAAAGCAACAGGUUAUGAGCCUUGCCGCAAACACCUAUGAUGCAAGCACAACUAUUAAACUAACUGAAGUUGGGGACUAUAAAAAAUGGAUACAAAUGUUAGAAUCCACUUUAACCAUGGCUCAUUCAGCAUGGUCUGAAUUCUAUCAUGCAGGACCUUAUGAUGUGAAGACUAUAAGUGAUCCUACAGUUAAAAUCCAACUUUCAUUCCUGAACGAUGCAUUGGUUUGCUUAAUUAAGAAAAGGGUAUCUGACGAUGCGGUUAAAAAUAUUAAUAAAAUAAUAUUAUCCCUCACUAAUUUCUCGAACUCAGCCUUCAAGAUACUAGAUUACCUUAAAGGAAGAUAUGACAGAAAUAACAGCAGAACAUCAUUUAAACAGAAUUAUGGGUGGAUUACAAACUACCAAUCAAUGACCCAUGAAGAUUUAUUUCGUGAGAUCACUUCAAUGAUGGAAGCUCUGUUAAAUUACGAUGAGUAUGAACUAGCAUUGUUAAACACCAUACCCAAAGAUGAUCAAGCCAAAUUCAUAGUAAGAAAAGAGAAUCUAAUCAAACAAUCUGCAGCAGGUAUGAUGCUCGGAUAUUUACCAGAACAUCUCAGAGAAGGAUAUUUUAAACAAUGGGGACAUACAGCAGAGUUUCAGACUUACGAAAUUGUAGACAUUGUAGUUGGUUCCAAUGUCAACAAUUCUCAGUCGGUUAACCAUGGUUCCUUAGCAAAUGCAGAAAAUAAAAACUAUAAGAAACAAAACAGAGACAAAAAACCACAUUUCCGCAAACAAAAAACUAAGCCCAAGUGCCUAUACUGCGGAAAACCGCAUAAGCUCAGUGAGUGUAAAAUACUAUUCCAAGAUAAUCCUGAUGCCGAAGUAUUCAAAACUUUCGGUCCUCCAAGCAUCGAUGAGGAGCUAUCCGGUGCGUAUGAAUACACGAUCCAAGAGAAACCUGAGACAUUGAUAUGGAAUUCUGGGGCCAGUACUCACAUGUGCUGCAAUAAACAAUUCUUCAUUGAAUAUAAGGAUUUGAAAGCACAUACAAGUGAAAUAUCACAAUAUCCGACAACAAGUUGCCGCGAAGCACGUGAGGCUUCAAUACAUGCCUACAAAGAACCAGCUAGCCGACAUCAUGACCAAGACCAUACCCAGAACCCAGCACGAGGCCUUAAGGAACUCGAUUCUGUAGCCAUUAUAAAGUCUGGGGGGAGUACCACUUACUCAGUUCAAGCGGUAUGGAGGGGAUGUUGA